AUACGUGCCCAGCUCCAGGACCAGCGGAUUGAUCCAACAGAGGUUCUGAUUCGCCUGAUGAGGAACAAGUCUUCAGGUCAGAGCCGUGGAUUCGCCUUCGUGGAGUUUAAUCACAUACAGGAGGCCUGCCGCUGGAUGGAGACCAAUCAGAGGGUUCUGUCUAUCCUAGGCCAGAGGGUGUCUAUGCACUACAGUGACCCUAAACCGCGCGCCAAUGAGGACUGGCUCUGUAACAAGUGUGGGGUUCAGAACUUCAAGAGGAGAGAGAAGUGCUUUAAAUGUGGUGUUCCCAAAUCAGAGGCAGAGCUGAAACUGCCCCAGCUGAGGGAGUUACCUCUGGGUGUGCAUCAGAAGGAUGGCUUACUGCCCCUCCCUGCCCUCUACCAGCCAGCUGCUACCAACUCUACUGCCGUCACCACUCCCAGGGCCGGGGCUGGGGGAGCUGACACCCAGCAGGCUGAGGUGGCCAACGACACUCUGAUCCUGAGGAACCUGGGUCCCCAUACCUCCCUGGAGUCCAUCCUGUCUACUCUGGCUCCCUUCGCUACUCUGUCGCCUUCUAAUGUUCGACUGAUCAAAGACAAACAGACACAACUCAACCGUGGCUUCGCUUUCCUACAGCUGUCUACUAUAGUGGAAGCAUCUCAGCUUCUCCAGAUCCUCCAGGCCUUACAGCCAGCUCUCUCUAUAGAUGGGAAGGCCAUCGCUGUGGAGUUCGCCAAGGGAUCCAAACGUGAUGUGUUUCUGACAGAUGGUAGUAGAGUGAGUGCUGCUACAGUCGCCAGUACAGCCAUCGCUGCUGCACAGUGGGCCGUUACCCAGACGGCCCAGUCCCUGUCCUCUGCCUCCCAGCACGGUGUGGAUGUAGGAUUGUACCACCAGGGGCAGCAGAGCAGGCCUGAUGGGGCGUACACAGGAACAGCACCUGCAGCGAUCUGUUCUGAGGCUGUAGUUUCUGGAGUGGAUGGCGUGCAGCUCUCUCUCGGCCAAUCACACGCCCCACUCAUCACUACCACAACCACACAGGCCAAUCAGCAUGUAGAGAUAGUGGGUAAGCCUCAACCUGCCACUCCCACCCACCCUGCCACUCCCGGCACCGCGCACCAGUACCAACAAUACCCUGUUCCGGACGUGUCCACGUACCAGUAUGAGGAGAGUUCUGGCUACUACUACGACCCUCUAACUGGACUCUACUACGACCCUAACUCACAGUACUACUAUAACGGGGUCACUCAGCAGUAUAUGUACUGGGACGGAGAGAAGCAAACAUAUGUUCCAGCUCCCGCCCAAUCAACAGCUGAGGCUGCCGUUGCCCCCGGUGAUAAGUCCACCCCUGAUCCUCCCUCUGCUGCUCCUGGAGGCAAGGAGAAGAAGCCCAAAAACAAGACAGCUCAACAGAUAGCAAAGGACAUGGAGCGUUGGGCUAAGAGUCAGAACAGACAGAAGGAGAACGUUCGCUCUCUCUCCUCUUCCUCCUCUUCCUCCUCCUCCGUGACCCCUGUGACCUCUAUGGCUCCUCCCCCUGGUUACGCCCGGGUGCCUGGACACGGUCGCCUUGACGACCGCCGAGAGUCCGCCAGCGCAGACGCCGGUUAUGCUGUCCUGGAGAAGAAGGGGGCGUUGUCUGAAAGACCUCAGAUCAUCCUGGACCAGCUCAGACACACAGACAGAGAGGUACACCUCCCUUCUCUCUCUCUCUCUCUCUCUCUCUCGCCCGGCUCUAGGUAUUUGGGGGCCCUAAGUGAGAUUUGGUUGGGGAGGGCCCCCCACCUCGCGGGAAAACAUUUUAUUGGUCACCGUCUUGACGGUGGAGAGAAAAUGUUUAGUUUUAAAGUUAAUUUCCUAUAAUUCUAUACAUUUUGC